CAGAGGGCGGAGCCGAGCCGGCGCGGUAGCUGGAGCAUGCGUGGUAAAAGGCAAGCGUUCUGUCCGGCCACGUCUGCCGGGUCCUGCUGCAGUUCUGUAUUAAGCACGGCUUGGGGGCCAGCAGCUUGCAGGCACCUAUGGGUUGCUGCUCGUGCCCCGCUUCGGAGCUGCGCUGGUUUCCGUUGCUCUCGCUCCUUCUGUUCGUGCCGUCCACCUUUGCUUGGGAAAGCGGAGACUUGGAGCUCUUCGACCUGGUAGAGGAGGUCCCGCAAAACUUCUACGCUUUUCUGGGAGUUGAGCAGGAUGCUUCAUCGGCAGACAUUAGGAAAGCUUAUCGCAAGCUUUCUCUAAUAUUGCACCCGGAUAAGAAUAAAGAUGAAAAUGCAGAAACCCAGUUUAGACAAUUGGUGGCCAUAUAUGAGGUUUUAAAGGAUGAAGAGAGAAGGCAUAGGUAUGAUGAUAUUCUGGUCAAUGGGCUCCCAGAUUGGCGACAGCCUGUAUUUUACUACAGGCGAGUGAGGAAAAUGAGCAAUGCAGAGUUGGCAUUGCUGCUCUUCAUUAUCCUCACAGUGGGCCAUUAUACUGUGGUUUGGUCAAUCUACCUAGAAAAACUGGAUGAGCUGCUUAGCAGGAAAAAAAGGGAGAAGAAGAAAAGGGCAGGAGGGAAGAAUAUGGAUGAAGUGAAACUUGGUGUAGACAAGAAUGAAAGAUUACUAGAGAAACCACAGUGGCGGGAUCUUCUUCCAUGUAAGCUGGGAAUAUGGUUCUGUCUAACAGUAAAAGCACUGCCUCAACUAUUUCAGGAGGCCAGGCAGCUAUAUGUAGAAUACAAAGAAACAAAAAUGAAGGAGAAAGAAGAGGCCCUGGCUAGAGCUGAACUAGAGACAUUUCAGAAGGAAAAGAAACCUAAAGUCAAGAAACCAAAACCUGAAUUUCCUGUAUACACCGUGGCAGAAACAAAUCUGUUUAUACCAUCAUAUGAUCACGGCACUUCUAUUGAAGAGAUUGAAGAACAGAUGGAUGAUUGGUUGGAAGAUAGGAACAAAUCACUGAAAAAGAAGGCACUGGAAUGGACGGAAGAGGACCUUAGCCAACUGACAAGAAGUAUGGUCAAGUUCCCAGGGGGAACGCCUGGUCGAUGGGAAAAGAUUGCUCACGAGUUGGGUCGAUCAGUGGCAGAUGUCACCAUGAAAACCAAGCAGAUUAAAGAGUCAGUUACGUGUGCUCCAGGUAUUGUGAGGCUGUCAGAGCUGAAAAUGUUGGCCCAAAACUCAAGAUCCAACAAGCCCAGUGUUAACUUGUCAGAUCAUAUAAUCACUCAGCGAGAAAAAGAUGAGGAGGACCUGGAGGAAGAAGCAACAAAGUACAGUUGCGCCCUGGAACCAAUAGAUAUGGCAACAGCAGAUCAACAAGAGACUGUGUUGACUGAAGCCAGACACCGCAAGAGGAAAACAAUACCAAAGGCCCCUGAAAUGACUCUCGCCAUGUUGAAAAAGAGAGCAGAGGACAAGUGUAGGGGGAAGCGUCAGAAGGACUUUGACACUGCAGAACAAGAGGAAUAUACUGAUGCCAGAAAAAAAGAGAGAUGUCACAGUUCAGAAGACUUGUGGACUCAGAAUCAGCAAAAACUUUUGGAACUAGCCUUACAGCAGUAUCCAAAGGGAACAGUGGAACGCUGGGAUAAGAUUGCAAAAUAUGUUCCAGGGAAAACUAAGGACGAAUGUAUGACUAGAUACAAGUUGCUGGUUGAACUCGUACAAAAGAAAAAAAUGACAAAAAGCUGAAAGAACAUUCUCAAGAACUUUGCUUACCAGAAUGGAGAUAUUAAGCCACAUAUGCAGUAACUUGUAUUUUUGUACCUCAGUAUUUCAGUAUGUCAUGUGCCUUAGUAAAAAAUAAAAAUCAAUAAAU